AUGUCUUCUCAAACGCCAGUCUGGUUCAUUACGGCAGCCUCGAGUGGCUUUGGCAAAUACAUAGCUCUUGAGGCUCUCUCUCGCGGCCACAAGGUUAUCGCCAGCGCACGUAGCACGUCGCGCCUCCACGAUUUACAAGAGAAGGGCGCAGUGACUGUUGCACUCGAUGUCACAGCACCGCAAGCAGAGAUCGAAAAGAUUGCACAAGAGGCUAAUGCGCAGUAUGGCUGUAUUAAUCACUUAGUCAACGCGGCUGGCUAUAUCCUUGUUGGUGCAGUCGAGGAGACCUCACCCAAGGAGGACUUUGAUCAGUUCAAUACCAACGUAUUUGGCAUGCUGAAUGUCUCAAAGGCCUUCCUGCCUUACAUUCGCGCUACUUCUGGUCACCGCACUAUCGCGAACUUCGGCAGCAUUGGCUCCUGGCAUGGUGGUGCGGGCUUCGCGCUCUACGCUGGCACUAAGUGGGCAUGCAGUGGCAUCUCCGAGUCGAUGCGCAGUGAGCUUGCGCCGCUAGGGAUCUCUGUGACAGUUAUCGAGCCGGGAUAUUUCCGAACUGGCUUCCUCAAUGCUGAGUAUGAUGAGACUGCUGUGGGCGAGGUCAGGGCGACACUGGAUAAUGUGAAUAACAAUCAGCCUGGUGAUGUAAAAAAGGGUUCUAGGGUGAUAGUCGACAUCUUAACGAAGACUGGCGCCGCUGAAGGAAGAGACGUUCCGAUGCGCGUGGCGCUGGGCUCAGAUUGUUCUCCUGGCAUCCGCGAGAAGAUUGAAGGAACCAUGAAGUUACUGGCUGAGUGGGAUGCGAUUACAACCAAGACUGACCACGAGUAA